AAUUUCCAUGGUGAUACCCCAACAAAGGGAGGUUAUUGUUAUUUCGCGUAAGACUAUGUGCAAAGAGCGUGUGGUUACUCCAAUACGCAGAACACAUUAGGUAGACAACAUUUGAUUGCUUUGCCAAAAAGUUAGCUAAAGGAUAGUCAAACGUUUCAGACUUUGAGUUAGGAAGGUUGUUAGAGGAAACUUAAAAAAGACAAGAUGGGUGAAAAAGGAGGAAAGACGGAUAUGGAGAGGAUUGGAGUGUUUCAAGAGAUGUCAUACGCUACCAUAGGCGACAGAUAUAGACGACCAGGAGAAAUCCAAUUCAAUGUUUCUGCUUCAAAGGGAAAGCAAAUGCUACCUGGUGGCUCAAAAGAAAGAUCUGCAUUGCAACAUGGCUAUUUCCAUGAAAAAUUCAACAGAGUGUUUGAAUCAGAGGCAUACACAGAUCCCAUUAAAAUUAGGAGGCAAAGGAGAGUUAAAGAAAUGCAGAAGAAUAUUGGAAAACAGUUUAUUCCAAGCAGCGGUGAAAAAAUGCCUUCUGGUCUUGGAAACCAUUAUGGUACAUUUGCUGGUCCUGUAAGUGCUUUUAGUCCUGUAGCCAAAGCAAGACAGGGAUAUAAAGCACCAGGAAGGAACUUUACAACUAACCCAGCCAAAAAAGGGACAGGCUAUGGUUUUAUCAGUGUAACAAUUGGGGACUAUCCUAAGUACUCAACGGAACAAUAUGAAAAAGGAAAAAUUUUGCAAAAGCGUGAGAAUGAAGCACACAGGAAAGCCCUAAAAGGAGGUGCAUUCAGAUUGAACAUGCAUCCAAAAGCAUACUUUGAUGGUAAUCCUUUCAUGUCAGACAGGCCCUUGCCACCAGCAAAGAAAGGAGUAUCGAAACCCCCCGAUGUCAAACCAUUCAGGCCCAGUAAUCCACCCAAGAAGGCUGGAGGAUCCAAAGCCGGUACCUUUGACCCAUACCCCUCACAUAGUCAAGAUCCAUAUGGCAUAAAGUACAAGAGGCCAGUUCAUGUAGUCAACAAAACAGGAAAAAUAUUUGUCCCAUCUACAGGGCCAAAGACCGCUCCUAUCUCUUCCAUCUUAGACCAGAAUGUUACAAAAGUUGUGAACAGCAUGAACUACAGAACAGUGCGAUCAGUAACAUAUGGAUAAAAGGAUUGCAUUUAAAGAGACAUUUCUUGCAUAUCUUGUCAUUAUGUCAUAGCUCAUUCAUACCUUACCAUACCAUAACUCUUACCUAUAUAAUUUUUUGCAUUGGUGCCAACAGAUCUUACCCACGCACACAUGUACUGUAUUUGAAAAGAAAAGAAUGAAUAGAAGAAAAAUGUUCACAAUUUAUAAAGUGUACAAAGAUUAGAAAAAAACACAACUAAUGUAUUUUGUUUUGCUGAAUUAUGUUUUGCUCCAUUUGUAUUUCUCAUCUUGUGCUAAAACAGAUGUUUCCAAGUGAUAUAUAAAUGUAAGGGUUGAUAUAUCUUUUUUAAAAUGUUUAAGAAUUUAUGUAAAAGGUAGCAAGAUGAACACAGUUUUUAUAUCAUCAAAUUCAUUUUCAUAUGUACAUACUGCUCAUAUCGUGCAAAUGUCAUAAAUGCUUGUACAUAAUUACAUACUUGUAUAUUGUUUUAAAAUGUACAAAAUAUAGGCUUCUACAAGCUGAUGCUAAGAAAAUGAUACAAUAUUUGUGUCAAGGGUUCAUAUAAAGAUUUCAGUGAAAUGUCAAAGUAUUUUCUUUGUUUUUU